GGCAAGAUGGCGGCGCCCAUGUGAGGGGAGGAGAGGGGGAUGCGCGGGGCGGCGCGCGCCGCGGCCGCUCUCAGGACCCUCUGCAGAGGCCCCUCGGUCCCCCCCACCAUGGACGGCGCUUCCCCCAAUGGCUCCGCGACCCCGCCGGGCUCGGGGCCUGCCCGGGAAGGCUCGGCGGGACCCCCCGAAAGCGAGGGGGGCACCCCUGGUCCCAAGGAGACGCUGAUCACGGAGGGCCGCGCCACCAUCGUCUUCCCCAACGCCAACGAGGUGUUUUAUAACCCCGUGCAGGGCUUCAACCGCGACCUCACCUGCGCCGUCCUGACGGAAUUCGCACGGCUGCAGCUGCGCCCCAAAGGAAUUCGGGUCGUCCUUCCAGGCGAGGAAGAGCACGGGGGUAGCCCCGAGGCCGGGGAGACCCCGCGGACAGCACGGCCGGGAGAGGCCUGUGAGGGGGGUCUGCGGGUGCUGGAGGCGCUGGCGGCCUCGGGGCUCCGCUCCGUGCGCUUCGCCCUCGAGGUGCCGGGGCUCGGGGCCAUCGUGGCCAGCGACUCCUCCCCCCGGGCGGCCGCGCUCAUGGCUCGGAACGUGGCCCUCAACGGCGUCGGGGAGCUCGUCACGCCCCGCCUGGCCGACGCCAGGAUGUUGAUGUACCAGAGCAAAGCCGAGCGGGAGCCGUUCGACGUCAUCGACCUGGACCCCUACGGGAGCCCCGCGCCCUUCCUGGAUGCGGCUGUGCAGGCCGUGAGCGAGGGGGGGCUGCUGUGCGUGACCUGCACGGACAUGGCGGUGAUGGCCGGCAACAGCGCCGAGACCUGCUACAGCAAAUACGGCGCCGUGUCCCUCAAGGGCAAGUUCUGCCACGAGAUGGCCCUGAGGAUCAUCCUGCACAGCCUCGACCUCCGAGCCAACUGCUACCAGCGCUUCGUGGUGCCGCUGCUCUCGGUCAGCGCCGACUUCUACGUGCGCGUCUUCGUCAGGGUCUUCACGGGCCAAGCCAAGGUCAAGGCCUCGGCCAGCAAACAGGCGCUGGUGUUCCACUGCGUGGGCUGUGGCUCCCACCACCUGCAGCGCCUGGGCAGGGUCACGAGCCACGGUAGCGGGUUCAAGUACAGUGCAGCAACGGGGCCGCCCGUGGGUCCCACCUGUGAGUUCUGCCAGCACCGCCACCAGGUGGGGGGCCCGGUGUGGGCCGAGCCCCUGCAUGACCCUGCCUUCGUGGAGGGGGUUCUGGCGGCGCUGGAGCGAAACCCCGGGCGCUUCUCGACGGAGCCGCGGCUGCGGGGGAUGCUCAGCGUCAUUGCCGAGGAGCUGAGCGAUGUCCCCUUGUACUACACCCUGGACGGGCUGAGCAGCACCAUCCGCAGCAACACCCCGUCCCUGCUACAGCUCAGGUCAGCCCUGCUGCACGCCGGGUUCCGUGUCUCGCUGUCCCACGCCUGUCGCAACGCCGUCAAGACGGACGCGCCGCCCGCCACGCUCUGGGACAUCAUGCGCUGCUGGGCCAAGCUCCACCCGGUGAAGCGCGAGCGGCUCCCAGACUCCAGCCCGGCUGCCCAGAUCCUCUCGGUGGAGCCCACGCUCCAGGCUUCCUUCACCCUCCAUGAGGAUGCCAACCCCAGUUCCCGGAAGCGCGGUUUGAAGCGAUUCCCCGAGAACCCCGAGGCUUUUUGGGGUCCCAAGGCCAGGGCCAAGCCGGGGGGGGGCCUCGCCCCCUCCCUGCAGGAGAAGCGGGAGCGGCUCCAGAACAAGCGGACGCAGCGCCCGGACGGGGCCGGGCUGAAACAAUUCCCCUGCAAACGCUUCAAGGAGGGCACCUGUCCCCAAGGUGAGCAGUGCUGCUACUCCCACGAGCCCCCUCCGGCUGCCCCUAAUUAAACCACGUCUGAC